AUGGACUUAAAAUCGAUGGAUACUGUGAAUAUGCCUCUUUUUGGCAACACCUUGAAGCUCAUGAAGUUCUGGUCGUAUCUCUUUGUUCACAAUUGGCGUCGCUACAUGGCCAUGGCUCCCUAUAUGAUCAUAAACAGUACUCAGUAUGUGGACAUAUAUCUGAGUACUGAACCCUUGGAUUUUAUCAUCAGGAAUGUAUAUCUGGCUGUGUUGUUUACAAAUACUGUUGUUAGAGGUGUUCUAUUGUGUGUCCAGCGGUCGAGUUAUGAGAAAUUUAUAGAAGUACUCAAGUCCUACUACAUUCAGUUAUUGGAAUCUGAUGAUCCUGUUAUUGCCAAUUUAGUUGAGGAAACUACUCGAAUGUCUAACUUCAUAGGAAGAAUAAACCUUAUGAUGGGCACUUGCACUUGCAUAGGCUUUGUAACCUAUCCCAUUUUUGGUUCAGAAAGAGUUCUUCCCUAUGGAAUGUACUUGCCCCUAAUUGAUGAGUACAAAUAUGCCUCGCCCUUCUAUGAGGUGUUCUUUGUAAUUCAAGCCAUUAUGGCUCCCAUGGGCUGUUGCAUGUACAUUCCCUAUACCAAUAUGGUGGUGACCUUUACCCUUUUUGCCAUAUUAAUGUGUCGAGUGCUGCAACACAAGCUGAGAAGCUUGGAAAAGCUGAAAGAAACACAAGUUCGAAGGGAAAUCAUAUGGUGCAUAAGAUAUCAGCUAAAGUUGAGCGGAUUAGUAGACUCCAUGAAUGCCUUGAAUACUCAUCUCCAUUUGGUAGAGUUUCUAUGCUUUGGUGCCAUGCUAUGUGUUUUACUCUUCUCCCUUAUAAUUGCCCAAACCAUUGCCCAGACCGUGAUUGUCAUUGCCUAUAUUCUUAUGAUAUUUGCCAACAGUGUGGUGCUCUACUAUGUGGCCAACGAGCUAUUCUUUCAAAGCUUUGAAAUUGCCAUUGCUGCCUACGAGAGCAAUUGGAUGGACUACGAUGUGGAUACACAAAAGACUUUGAAGUUCCUCAUAAUGCGUUCACAAAAGCCUUUGGCGAUUCUCGUGGGGGGCACCUACCCCAUGAAUCUGAAAAUGUUGCAGUCGCUGUUGAACGCCAUCUACUCCUUUUUCACCCUACUGAGACGCGUUUAUGGCUAA